AAGAUGACGCUCAAGUCAAAAUUGUACCACGUGACCUCAAGGGACGCUCCAAAACAGCGUAGACCGUCAGCAUGAAAUAGAACUUAAAAGUGAAUUAUGAUAGUCACAUUUUAUUUUUGUGAAUUUAUAUAUGGGAUAUGCUUAGUUAAUAAUUGAACAUUGCUUAAUUAAUUUUGGUUGUAAUUAUAAAAUCGGCAAAUAUUUUUCUUUCAUCUAACAAUAAACUCCAUGGAUAUCAAUUGUCGUUCGUUAAAAUCAUUCAAUUAUAUUGAAGCAGCUAUUCGAUUCAAUAUUGUCAUCUGAUAUAACUAACCUAAAAUAUCCGAUGUUUUUUGAAUGUGUAAAAUUAUAUUAAAUAUUUUUAUAUCAAUAAGAAGGUUUAUCAAGAAUAACGUUGAUUGGUUAAUUUUAUAGAUAUUUCUUACGUGUAAUAUUUUAAAAUGGUGAAAGAAACGAGUUCCAACAUUAAGAAAAAACGAAAAACAGCUAACACUGAAGCAGAAUCCGAUACUGAUAUAUACAAGAAAGUUAUCGAUUUUGAAGAAAAAGAAGCUCUAAAUAGUCAGGGCUCCAUUGAUGCUAGUAUUUAUUUUGGAUUAUGUCAAGAUAUACGUAAAAUUCUAGCGAAAGUAUUUGAAAUAAAGCAAGUAGAUCCAAAUUCAAGUGUUUUAAAAGAAUUACAAACUGAAAUUUUCAUCAAUAUGAGCUUUAUUAAAAAACUUAACAGAACUGAUAAACUUAGACAUGUACAUGGAAAAGAAACACUUUCUGCUGAAAAACAAAAAUGUGAUAGUAUCAAACUGAAUUAUCAGAACUUGGUUUAUGAACUUCAUCAUCUUGUUACAGAAACUAACAAGUGUUUAGCAUUCAAAUCUAAGGAUGAGGAUAUAGAACUUGUUUCAUUUGAAGACUUUAUGAAAGAAGCUCCAGAAUCUUUGACGAAGAAAUUUUUAUCAUAUGAUGCUAAUGAUCGAGAACAAAAACACAACUUACGUUUAGCUAGAUUGGAAUGGGAGCUAACUCAACGCAAAAACUUAGCACAAUUGUGCAAAUCUUUAGUUGAAGAACAGAAAAAAUUGAGUGAAGACCUUAUUGUGAGAAAAGAUAAACUGAAUGCUCUCAGACCCCUUCUUAUGAACGUUAUAAACUCCACAAAACCCUUACAAGAACAUUUGGACAUUUCUUUAACUGAAAUGAGAGUAGAACACAAAUUGGCAUAUUUACUACCAGAUCCAUUGUACAUUUUUUAUGUUAAUGUUGUAUCUUAUAAAAACGUCUAUGAUCUUAAUUUAGACGUUGAAAUUAUUGGAGAUCAAGAUGAAGCUAUUCAAUGGAAAGAGUCCAAAAUGGCAGAAGGGCAUGUACAUGAUGAUGACUCCGACACCACAGAAAUUGAACAAGAUGCAGCAGAAGCAGAGGAAAUUGUAGAAGUUAGAAAAAGACGACAUAGAAAAUCUGUGCAACAAGUGGAUCCGAUGGAAGAAAAAAAGAGGAAGCUUUUAGAAUGUCAUCCCCUUAAGAUUCAGAUAGUAGCGAAACUAACUGAUGGUCCAUCUCUCACUGUUACCUUUUCAUAUCAAACUAUAUUAAGAAUUGUAACAGUUAUGUCCGAUACGGAUGUAUCUCCUAAGAUAACAGGUAAUUCAGCAAGAGAUGUUCUCAUAGGUGAAAAUAUUUUACGGGAAUUAAUAGAAGGAGACGAUGGAUUGGAAAGUCCGAAUCCCAUGAACAAAUUUCAAAUUAAAAAAGUGGGAAUUACAUCUUUCCAAUCGUUAGUGCCGGAUAUAGGUUAUGCUUACCAUUGGGCACAAAAAAUCUGUGGAAGAGAUUUUAUUAGCAAACAGAUGGAUUCUGAUGAAAUCGGUAGUAUUAAUGUACAGAGUGUGAUGAAAUUGAUGUUUAAAAGAUUAGAAUCGAGGUACCAAUUGGCUACACAACUACAACAACUAGAAAAUAGCAUGUUGAUUAAAUUGCCCAAUUUAGUGGAUUGUCCUAUUACUCACGCUUGUUCUAUCUCUAAGUGGACAUCGAUAACUUACCAAAAAUAUUGCCAAUUGGAAUUUACUAAAUUAUACAUCGAAGAAGAAUUUGUAACACCUUCAGAUCUGAUUUACUGCUUGCAACUCACCAGGUUAAAUGCCUCCUUGGACGCAUAUAUUGUUAUAAAAAGUAAUUAUCCAAUUACUUCACCAAUAAUUUCCAUAUGUGUUAAUUAUAAUGGUAAACAACAUUCAGAAAACAACGACGAUAUAAGGGAUAUUGAAAGAAAAUUGAAUGCUGAUUGGGAAGAACCUCACGAUUCUUCUGUAUUAUCUGUUCAAAUAGCUCAACUAUGUUCAUGUUUCGAUGUUUAUUUGGAAACUACCGAUCCCAAUACAUUCACACAGACUGUUACAUUUAUUAAAAGUAUAAGUGCUCGAAAUAGGCGACGGCCAUUGAAAUUUAGAAAAAUUGGAAAUGGGAUCUUCACACAAUAUUAAAAUUCUAAAAUUGGGAUAGUAUAUUCUUUCACUGUAUUAGUUUUUGUUUUUCAGAAAAAGUUUUUGAAUUCUGUAGAAUUUUUUUACUGGUUGUAAUAAAAACCUCUUCGAUCAAAA